AUGUGUACCUUCUCUAAAGUCCUCCUUGCCAUUACUGUCUUUUCGUGGACACCAAUCGUCACCGCAAUCCUUCCACUCACAGACCGUGUUCUGGGAGUGGUCCAACAACGCCCGCUGUGCCCCGCGCGGCCUGCUUCACCAGAAUUCCAACGAGCCGCCUCCACCGAAUUUAUCAGCGAGAUAUUCUUUGAACCAAACGGCGUCACCGAGUCCUUCGACAACUUCAUAAGUCCCGACUAUAUCCAACAUAGUCCUUUCCUUCUCAGCGGCUGCAACAAUACCCUUUCCGUACUCCUCAGCGCAUCCACGAAUGUGAAUAUCACGAUCUUACAGAUUAUGUUCGAUAGCCCCUAUGGUAUGGUGCAUUACAGGUUCCAAGCACCUAACUCGACGGCAAUCGCGUUUAUGGAUUUGUGGAGGUUCAAUGGAACGUGCAUCGAAGAACAUUGGGAUGUUACCGAGACUUUUCCGGAGAAUGCGACGAAUCCGAUUGCUCUGUUCUAA